AUGGCGGAGGUUUCGACGGCGGCGGCGCCCGAGGGGGUGCUGCACCGGCGGAUUGAGUUCCACCCCGCGCGGUGGCCGCAUGCCUCUGUGGCGGUGGGCGGAGGCGGGUUCCGUAUGGAGACGCUGAACCCUGACGCCGCUGGUAAGGCGGGGGCCGGGGCGGCGGUUGGGAGCAACGAGGGGGAGGCGAGGAGGCCGGGGAAGGGGGACGCCGGCGGGAUCGAUCCAGAGCUCAGCGUCGCCAGGAUCUACCUUGGGAGAAUUGGUGCUGGUUUGGAAAAUCUUGGGAAUACCUGCUACCUCAACUCAGUUCUUCAAUGCUUGACGUACACGGAACCUUUCGCAGCCUAUUUACAGAGCGGGAAGCACAAGUCCUCAUGUCAAAUGCACGCGUUGCUCACAUUGCUCAAUAAAUUUGAUCCUUUCUUGGACCUCAGUCUUGAUAUUGCCAAGGCCACGACUUUAGUGCGGGCACUUGAAAAUUUUACUGUGGAUGAGUUACUAGACGGGGGUCAAAAGCAAUACCAGUGUGAACGCUGCAGGCAGAAAGUUGUAGCAAAGAAACGGUUUACAAUUGAUAAGGCUCCCAAUGUCUUGACAAUCCAUCUGAAGCGCUUCAGCCCUUUCAAUCCUCGUGAGAAGAUUGACAAAAAAGUGGACUUCCAACCAAGUCUCGAUUUGAAACCAUUUGUUAGUGACUCUAAAGUUACAGAUUUUAAAUACAGCCUUUAUGGUGUCCUAGUCCAUACAGGUUGGAACACUCAAUCAGGUCAUUACUAUUGCUUCGUUCGUACAUCCAGCGGGAUGUGGCACAAUCUUGAUGAUAACAAGGUGCGCCAAGUUCGUGAGGCAGACGUAUUGAAGCAAAAGGCUUAUAUGUUAUUUUAUGUACGUAACAGUAUUGGUAAGUCAGUGGCCCGCAAAGAGAACAUCACUGCUAAUGUGCCCAUGAAGAAAACCCCUGAAAAGAUCUCAAGUCUGAAUGGUAUUACCCAAAGCAGUGUAAAAGCACAAAAUUUGAAUGGUGUGUCUCCGUUUGGUGAUAAGGCGCACAACACAAUCAUUGGCUACUCUACAAUUUUCAGCAAGACUGUAACAGGCCAUUGUUCAAGGAAUGAGGUCAAAGCUGAAGAUGCUCCAGCCUCUCAAAACAAUGCCCUGCCUUCCAGACAAGCCCGUGGAGCUCAAAAUGAUGGUGGUACCUUGCCAACUAAACCAAUGCAGUUUGCUGUAAAUAGUCAGGAGACAGCUUCCUCCCACCAACCUGCACCAUUUACAAAUACUUGUGGUGAACAGACAGUUGUUGGGAAGCCCUUGCAGGAAAUGGAACCUAAGGCUGGCGCGGGGAAAAAUACUUCUGUUGUCUCUGCCAUUGCAAAUGGUGCCUCUACAUUGUCCAAGGCAGACAAACUGAUUUCUCAGCCUCAAACAGCUCCAUUUUCCGAGCCAGCUCCCCAAGUAAAUGGCACAGCUGCAGAGUUUGCUGCACGGUCUUUAUCCAAGAAGGAUUCUGUUGUUUCAAAUGGUGUCGUGCCUGGCAUUGGAUGUCUCACUUCCAGUGAGAAAGCAAGGAACUUUCCAGAAUCCGUGGAUCAAGCUAAUGAAAUCUCGAAGGCACUUCCUAUGAGUCAGAACAAUACUGCACCAGUAAUUGCACAAGCAGAUUCUGGUGUAGAGAUCAGCUCUGGUGGUAUUAUGCAUGUUGCUGUGGCUGCUUCAUGCAAUGGAACUACAGCGAAAAAGGUGAAUUUGAAGUCAAAGAAGUUUGUGAGGUAUCCUGUUGUGAACAUGUGGUUAGGGUCCAGACAACUGUUGUUAGCUUCACUAAAGCCAGGGAAGAAAGCGAAACAUAAGAGAAGUAGAACUAUAAGGCGUGUUGUAGCUUGUAAGGACACGGCAAAUAUAUCUUGUUUGAAUGAGCAGUUGACAUCAACAUCGGCCACUGCACGCUCUGAAACUAUAGAAUCUACCUCCAGCCAUCAGAAACGAUCACAUGGUAGUGCAAGGUCCAAAGAUGAUACCCAGUCCUCCAAAAACAAGCAGAAGGUCGAUGGAGCUCGUGUUGGUUCUGGCACAAGUGCACCUUCUGGCAGUGCUGACAUUCCAAAGUCUGAUCCAAGCUCUUCUGUAGAUGCUAAGUUGGUGGUAACCCAAUCUGUCAGUAUUCGUGCAACGGACCUGAUGGAAGCUACUGUUCCGUGCUGGGAUGAUGUAGACGUGCCAAAUACAAAGGUUGCUAAGCGGCAACACUCCAAACGCAAGAGCAUUGGUUACGUCCUAGAUGAGUGGGACGAGGAGUAUGACAAAGGGAAGACAAAGAAAUUACGGAAAUCAAAGCAAGACUUUGGUGGACCAAACCCCUUCCAGGAGGAGGCAGACUACAUAUCGCAGUGGAGGAUGAAACAAAAAUCCUACCAAGGCAAGUCUUGGAACCAGCCUAACACCAUAGAGGAGUUGAGAAUAUGA